AUGUCCUCCCCUCCUUGGGACUACAUUGCGAAGCUGGUCUGCAUAGGCGACUCGGGAUGCGGUAAAUCCUCGCUCACGAUCCGGCUCUGCGAGGGGCGGUUCAGUCCGCAGCACGAUGUAACCAUCGGCGUCGAGUUUGGGAGCCGAAUCGUGCCCGUCGGCCCACCACAUUCGAAAUCCCUCUCCACAGCGACAGCGACAACGACGACGAGAGACACAACAACAUCAGAAGCCGCCCAGCAGCAGCAGCAGCAGAAACACAUGAAGCUCAGCCUCUGGGACACGGCGGGCCAGGAGACGUACAAGUCAGUGACGCGGUCCUACUUCCGGGGCGCGUCGGGCGCCCUCCUCGUCUUCGACAUCACGCGCAAGGCGACCUUCCAGCACGUGACGGACUGGCUGAACGACCUGCGCGCCAUCGCCGAGCCCGACAUCGUCGUCAUCCUGGUCGGCAACAAGCUGGACCAGUGCAGCACCCAGGACGGCGAGCAGAACCGCCGCGAGGUCACCACCGCCGAGGCCGAGGAGUGGGCCCGCCGCAACGGCGUCCUGCAGUACGUCGAGACGAGCGCCAAGAGCGGCGAGAACGUCGAGGCCGCCUUCAUGGGCGUCGCCGGCCGCAUCUUCGACAACAUCAACGCCGGUAAGUACGACCUCAACGACCGCCGGUCCGGCGUCAAGGGCCCCGGCCCCGGCGGCGCCAGGCAGGUCAGGCUGGCCGGGGACGCCGCCAAGGGGUCCUUCGGAGGUUGCUGUUAA